GACGUGGUCACUGGGAGAGUACAUGUUGAUAAAAAAACUGAUUCCAUUUCAUUUCUUAGUGGUAAUUCUGAAGGGUUGAGGUUUUACAAUGAGGGGUACUCUGCUGUUGGUGUUAUUGUUCUGUCUGUCUUCGACAUCAGCGCAAGUAGCUGACCAAGAUUUACAGUCCCGUGGUCAGACUAAGAGUGAUAUCUGGGAUGAGCUGAGAGCUCUGAGAGACAUGGUGGUGGAGCAAAAGGUGGAACUGAGGAACACCAAGGCUGACCUUCAAAUCCAGAAAGACAAAGUGGCUGGGUUGGAGAAAGAGAACACAGUGAUGAACUUCCGACUGACGGCCACUGAAAACAAGAUGACAGCGAUGACAGUGGUGCUGGAAGCGACUAAGACUGAACAGCAGCUCCAGAAGAAAAACCUGGAGGAGGCUGAGAGACUGAUUUCGGACCAAAUUCGCAGACUUGAUGAGUCUAUAAAAUCUUGGGAGAGCAAGGAGAACGUAUUGGCUUCCGUGGUUAUAGGACAAGGAGAAGAACUGGUAACCCUAGUUUCCAGAGUGAUAACCAGUGAGAAGGAGGUGCAGGAGCAGAAGAAGGAGGUGACAGGUCUCAGGGAAGAGCUGGAUAUUUCUAAGACCGAACAACAAUCCAUCAGGACCAAAUUGGAUGAGAUGGAAAGGACAAUUGCAGGUUUCCAUCCAGUGGUUACAGACACUCCGAAGCUGGCUUUCUCUGCUGGCUUGACCAUUUCAGGAAAAAUUGGACCAUUCAAUACUGAAACUCCACUCAUCUACCGUAGAGUCUUCACAAAUAUUGGCGGGGCUUACGACGCAUCUACAGGCAUCUUCACAGCACCUGUCAAGGGAGCCUACUAUUUCAGAUUCACUGCCUUCAACAACAGCGACAGAGAGUGGAUGGCAGUGAAUUUAUAUCAUAAUAGUCAGAGAAUUUUGCAUAAUUCGGAGUUUUCUCAUGGUCAUACCACCAUUGCAAAUGCAUUAAUCUUACAGCUGGAACAGGGAAGUGUGGUUUCACUGCAUCUUGCUGUCAACACUGGGCUUUAUGAUGAUUCUAGCACUUUAAACACCUUCAGUGGUUUCCUGCUGUUCCCUCUGUGACUUUCAGAUAUAUUUGAUCUUCACCAAGGCCUUGGUAUCUCAAUUUGAUCAAGUCAUUUAUAGACAACAGAGAGAGAAGCUGACUCUUGUAUGCUAAAAUAAUUUAAUAAUAACUGUAAGCUAAUGUGCCUGAUCACAUGACAUAAAUGAUGUACAGUAAUUUUAAAUAAAAUAAACAAGAGAAAGUUAUAGAACCACAAAACAUAACUGAUUUUCCUUGCAAACUUUGGAGCAGUCAAUAAUGUACACUGGACAAACAACUUGAACUACUGACUUGCAUAUUAAAGACAGACUUGAAUGAGAGUGUUUAUACGAUUAAUAAAGCAAUCAGCCAUGGAAUUCACAAUAACAUUAUCACAACAUCCAAGAUCACUUAUUGAAUAUCUUGUAGAUUUUCUGUUUUAGGAGAUUCCUUAAGCACUUGAAACGUUCCAGUCUUUCAGAAUUGGCUCUACAGUAUGUCAAACUGCCAUGCAUAAGAAUGUCACAAAUAGAGUAAAUAAGCAUGCUUUACCAAGUAAUGCUGCUGCUUUUGUCAACUUAAGCCCUAUGAGGAGUUAUGGCAGUCUUUUUUAUUGAUAGCAUGGUUAAAACAUUUUUUUUUAUCUCAAUGCAAUACAAGGAUAUAUAAUAAGACCCUUUCUCUUUUAUAAAGCACCUCUUGUUAUCCUCAGCAGGUACAAUUAUUGGGUAGAGUCACAGGCCAAGUUAAGUCUAGAAUUCUGAGUUGGAGAUGGUCCUGUCAGCUGCAGGACCAAUGGGAAAAUGGAACAAUGUGGUAAAUCAUUUAUAAUAAAAAAGUUUUGUAAUUGUAUCUACGCAUUACAGAUGGAAAUAUGGAUAACUAAGUUGAGUCAAUAUUUAAAUCAACCUGAAUUUAUGACAUUGUUAGUAAUGACAAAGUCAACCAAAUUGAACUGCAAGUUAUCCCGGCCUACAUGAACGUGAGAAUGUCUGUGUACUGCACACAUGCGAAAGCACAGUAUUGACACAUGGAGUACAUUGCACCUGACACUAUUGUCACAACAGAUAUGACGUGAAGUUCAAAUGACACCAACAGAGUGAAGUCCACAGUGUACCAACAUAGUGAAAUCCGAUAUUGUAACAGUAUCUGACCUUACUGACCAGUUUGACUGAUAAACCAACAGCAUCUGCUGGGGCUCCACCAGUCUACAGAUUGGGUCUUUAAGAGAAUAACUUGUGCAUCAGAAGUUGUCCAUUACUCACACGAUCACAUUCACUGCGGUCAUUGUGGCAGACUAAGACACAGGUCUAAGUAGGAAGUGUCAAGGAAGUCUAGUAAAACAAGUGUUUAAGCGAAUACACAAAUAGACAAGUGGGCAGACCAGCACCACCAUGCCUGACAUCUGGGCCGAGCCGAAAGAAGUGGAGAAACAUGGUGAUAGAGCAGAGGGUGGAGCUGACUGUCACCAAGCCUCAGCUUCAAUGCCAGAGAGACAAAGUGGCUGAGGUGGGAACACAUGUUUAAAAAAUGGUUUCAUCUAAUGAUAGAGCUGGCUUUACAGUGUUUCCUUCACUUCAAAAGACAUGUAUGAAUAUUAAAAUCUGAUUGGCUGUAGGGUGCCCAUUAUUCCCUGAUAAAAGACUAAGUAUUUCUGGUUAUGCUGUCUGUAAGACAUACUAAAUUCAUGUGUUGGCUACAUUA